GCUUUUUCUAUUAUGUAUAGAACUAUUUGCAUGCGUUCGAAUCUCUAAUGCUGAAGAGUGGGAGUUAUUGGACAUUGGCUUCUGUCCUUGAGGACGUUCGUAAGUUACCUGGUGCGUAUUGGGUUACGCAUUUUACCUGUAAAUACUAUCUACUCCAGUUUCUUACUGAAUAAUAAUAACACAUGAACGGAUUGCAUCAUAAUUUGCUGGAUCAUCAAUACCAAAAUACUCACCUGCGGAACAGAAUCCAAGAUAUUGAUGUCGAUCAUAGGAUCGUGUUCUCCAUUGAACAGAACGCACAAUUGUGCGAUAUGACUAUCGACAGCGUCGAGUCUCGCUUGUAAGCAUCACAUUUUCGUCCCACUUGGCACUAUAGACUACUUGUUGGAUCACAGGACGGCCACAUAUAUGUAUUUGAUGUUGAAGACCCACGUUUUUUUAGUCUUGACUCAGUUAAACACACUUCGAUUGCAUCUGUUUGUAACAGAAGUAAAGGUUCAGGAUUUCUGUCAAAAGGAUCCCCACUCGUUUGUGUACAAUGGUAUCCAGUUGACAGUGGUUCUUUCACUUCGGCGUCAGCUAAUAAAAUGCUUCAGAUAUGGGACACCAACCGCCUUGAAUGCGUCACGUCAGUAAGUUUCGCCCAAAGUUUGUCCUGGUUAUCUAUGUCACCUGUGGCAUGUAGUCACAAUCUGAUCGCAGUUAGUCUGGGACCAUGUAGUGGUGAAUCAACUGGCCGCGCCGUUUUAGUUGAUCCUCUUAUGGGUUGUACAGUCACUACACUACUUGGAAGUCAUUCUCAAUCAGGCCUUACACAAGUUACUUGGUCCCCUAGGGCUGCUUACGUUGUUGUUACAGGAGGGCGUGAUGGGAGAGUACUGUAUUGGGAUAUCAGGUUUCCUACAAAACCGAUAUAUUCUCUGGACAGAGAAAAUGAUCCACAAAGUGGUUUGGGAUAUUCUAAUGAAGCUAUUGCACAUACAGGACCUGUGCUAGGCCUCAAAUUUUCAUCAGAUGGCUUGCAUUUAAUUUCAUGGGGUGGUUCCGGUUUAACCGUAAAUGCUGCAUCCCUUCGUCUUUGGACGUCUGGUCCUGGUGAUUGUGAGCAAUCAUCACAUAUUCCUAGAUUGCGUCCCGUGAACUUUGGAAACAUAAUUCUCAACUCGGAAAGUAACCAAAUUUCUGACGCUGGGAAUCAAACUUUUACAAGUUCUAAUUCCUCAGGAAGUGGGAAUCAGAGUCCACAAUCGUCUGUUUUGCCAAUAAGAUUGGAUACCACACAUAUGUCAAUAGGCGAUUUGUGGGGAGCUCCAUCGUUAUGUAUUUUUGUUCCUGUAAAAAACCGCUUAUUAAUUGCUUCAGCGUCUAAACACAACACAUCGACUAAAAUUAUAACGCGACACUUUUCAAAAAUACGUGCAUGUGUUUGGAACGAUCGUCGUUUAGAAUUGUAUACCUGCGGAGCUGACGGAAAUCUGUUUACAUGGCCCAUUCUUCCUCUUUCAAGCAGCAAUGUGAUUGAUGAUGAUCAAUUUUAAUUUAUACACCUUAGUAUUUUGUAAAUAAACAUGUAUAGUGAUAAUUGAAAUCUUAUAAUUAACUAUUGCACACUUGUGUUUUUAUUACUGAAUAUGCCUAUCAGAACUAAUGAAUCCAAUUGCCAGUUGACUGCUGUUUUUAGUAAAUCAAAUGAAAGAGUUAUAACAUUAAUA